AUGCGUGGUUACUCAUGCUGCUCGUAUGUGCGCGAUGGCUUGUUGUGCUUUGUCGCCAUAUCGAUCGCACUUGCCUGGUUUCCGAGCGAGAACGACGCAGUGGUCGGCACUCGAGAUGGCGUUGAGUGCGACCAACCGGACUGGAAAUUCCACCUCGUUGCCUACGAUCCUUUCAUAAUGCACAUCCAAAACUUCGUCACGAUGUCGGAGCGAGAGCACUUGUUAGACUUGGGGAAAUCCCGACUCACGCAAUCGGUUGUUAGAACGAACAGCAACAUCAUCAUGCCCAAUGCUCGCAACAGUUCCACAGCCUUUCUUCCCCGAGUCGAUCCGAUAGUUCGAUGCCUGAUGAAAAGAGCGGCCGAGUUGCAAGGAUACGUACCUCUGGACCUAGUUGAAACGCCUCAAAUGACCUACUAUGUCGAUGGUCAACAAUACAAACCCCAUCACGACUGGCUGGAAGAAAAGGACGGAAAAGUCACCAAUCGCGAGUCGACCGUGUUCGCCAUUCUUGAUGCCGACUGCAGCGACUGCGGGACUCGCUUUCCCUACGUAGAGGUUGACUGGUCAUCGCAGGACGAGGAGUGGUGCAAAUGGUUCGAGUGUCAAAACAGCACGCUCACCACAAAACCGGUGCCUGGGAGCGCUCUAUUCUGGCGUAACACGAGGCUGGAUGGAUCGGGGGACUGGCGUACUCUCCAUGCUGGUCUUCCGCUCUCCCAUGGUGUCAAAGCGGGACUGAACAUUUGGACGCAUCCGAAUGGGAUGUGA